AUGGAACCCUCGAACAAAAAGCGAAAGUUGGCCCCCAAGGUCAACGCCACAACCCCUAGCAAACCGCCGCCGCCGACACAAUUCCCCCACGAAUCGCCUCAGCAGCACUAUCCAGCACAGGAGACUGCCCCUGCUCCUCUUUCCGAACGACAUGACUUUGAGUCCUUUGCGCGGCAUCUUCAAGAUGCUGCCAUGCUCAUCCAGAGGCAGACAGAGCGUCACCCAUACACUGAUGUCUCUGUUUUACUCUUGAGAUGGGAGGAGGACGAGUCUGUCGAUGGGGAUCUUGUUGCCCUUGAGCAGGUUCUGCAAAAGCAGUAUAGAUAUCGGACUGAGAAAUGGCAUAUUCCCACAGUGCCGAACCCCAGCAUUAAGCUUGGGGUUCAGAUGGCCUCUUUUCUUGACAACGCGAAGGCCAACCAUCUUCUCAUUAUCUACUAUGCUGGCCAUGGCUACGUAAGCUCUGAUGGCCAGCUCUUUUGGGCUUGCAAUGCGCGAGAAGAUGCUGCAAAACUAAAAUGGGAUGGAGUUCGUUGCCUCUUCGAAGAUGCUCAAUCGGAUAUCCUCUUAUUGCUCGAUACAUGCGUCGUACCUGAUCCUCCUAUGGCCGGUAGCCAUGGUGUUAAGCAAGCAAUUGCUGCCUGCACUUCGGAUCGUAGUCCAGAGAGCGCAGAACGAUCAUUUACGUCUAAUCUGGUUGAGGCUCUUCAAAAGCUUAGCAGUGGACGACCAUUUACGACACAAAGACUGCACGAGGAAGUCCUAUCUUUAAAACAGCAGCAACUGAUCCAAACUCCUCGGCAAACCAACGGUAGCACCUCAAACACACAUUCUUCUCCGCAGCAUCCUGUUUUCAUCCCCCUUACUCCAGGAAAAGGUCAAAGUAUUGCCCUUGCGCCACUACCUUCGAGAUCUCGGACAGAUUCUCAGAACGGACUCGACCCAGAUGGCCAGAGUAAUCGCGAAGAACAAGUCAUUGACCCAGAGUCUGUUGUCGAUCUUCGAUUUGAAGAGCAUAGAGUUCUUGUGUGUACUACCUUUGUUGGUGAUGCGAGCCCAGAUAUGUCAUUCUUCUCUCAAUGGCUGCAUAGCACGCCACCCCUUGGGGAUAAAAUUGCAGUGGAAGGCAUGUUUCUUGGCCCUCCCACUAUGCUUCUCAUUUCCAUGCCACAUUCUAUAUGGAACGUGGUACAGCAUGACAAAGUCUGCUGCUUCUUAGGAUAUAUAAGCUCCCACAACAUGAUUCAUCUCUACCACCGGCUUGUAGGUUCUUCAGGGAUCAAGCCCUCUCCUCGGGAAGUUGAGGAUGGCAGGAUCCUUCUUGAAGCAAGAGAUCAUGUGUUCAGCACACCUGCUCGUGUCCGACGAGAUGAAGGCCAUGAUGUCUUUCACUCCCCGGUUGCAAGAGAAGUGCCGAACUCUGCCGAGCGAAAGGAGCAUAUCUUGCAAACUAGUCCGUCAGCCCCACCAUUUGCCAACCCAACAGGGAGUCAUGGCAAGCCCAAAGACGAAGUAGAAGACUCUGCGGAAAUGCAAGAAGCUGCUGAACAACUGAAAGCCCUGAGCCAUGUCCGGCACAGAAGUGACGAAACUCAAAACAUCAACCGACCUCGCACGAUUCUACCUGAUGGGUUGCCUGAAAUAAGACCAGAAGAGGAGACCGAUGAGCACGGUAACGAUGACCCUCUCGCGACGCUGCGCAACGCCAAUGCGACGAUUAAACCUCCACGACGUUCACUCCCGAAGCAGGAUACACGCUGCAAUCAUUGCAGCCACGCUCCUUUCAAGGAUUCGUCUUCAUUGAGAAAGCACAUUGCCGCAGCUCAUACUAGGCCGUUCCCAUGCGCUUUCUCGUUUGCCGGCUGCACGAGCACUUUUGGGUCAAAGAACGAAUGGAAGCGGCAUAUCGCGUCACAGCAUCUUUGUCUCCAAUACUAUCGUUGCUCUUCUUGUCCUCAAAACACUGCAGAGGGGAAAGGUAACGAGUUCAAUCGCAAAGACUUGUUCACUCAACAUUUGCGACGGAUGCACGCACCUUUCCAGAUUAAGAGGGCAAUCGCGAAGGGCGAUAGCAAGAUUCAGUCUGAGUGGGACACGCAUGUCAAAGAAAUGCAAAUGUCUUGUCUCGUCCAGCGUCGGCUGCCGCCGCAACGUUCAGCAUGUCCGAAGCAAGGUUGCCAGAGCAUCUUUGAGGGUCCAUCAUCCUGGGACGAAUGGACUGAACAUGUCGGCCGACACAUGGAGAAGGGUGAAGGCGGCAGACUUGGAGUGGACGGUCUUCUAGCCCAGUGGGCAUUGGACGAAGGUAUCAUUGAGCGUAAGGCAGAUGGCGAAUACCGACUGUCAGCCAGCAACGGCAUGAGUGGAGGCUCGGGGAGCAGUAGCGGAGUUGCCCACCCUGUGUUUGAACAGAAAGAACCAACUCUGAUCUCGACGCCGACACUUGAGCCGACACAGCCGGAAGAAUCGUUGAUCAUGGACGCAAAGCCUUCAGAAGACAGGAUGGAGGUUGACACUCCUGAGUGA